CUAAAACCUCGCCUGCGGUUCCCCCUUCCUUCUAGUUCGUGAAAAGGAGACGUUGAAUCGUAUCGAACCGCCGUCGCCGCCGCCGCCUCACUGAGAAUCCCAAAAUGGCACAUGUCGCGCAAAGCCGAAACGUGAUCCGGCAUGUAGUAUCGAGAGGAAAAGCUUUCCAUAAAUCCGAAAACGCGAUCCAUCACCCUCUCCUUUUCGCCUGUCAAGGAGUUCGUUACAGAAAAUUGGAAGUGAUUCUCACCACGGGCAUAGAGAAGCUUGGGAAAGGGGGUGAGACGGUGAAGGUAGCUCCUGGUUACUUAAGGAAUCACCUUAUGCCUAAGCUCCUUGCUGUCCCCAACAUUGACAAGUAUGCUCAUCUCAUCCGAGAGCAGCGCAAGAUGCGUAAUUUUGAAGAAAAAGAAGAGGUUAAAGUGGUUCAUAAAACUUCUGAAGUUCAGACCAAAGAGUUUGAAAAGGCCGCUAAGCGCCUCGCCAAUGCCAACUUGGUACUGAGGAAGUUAAUUGACAAGGAAAAGUUCAAAAACCGUUCCUCAAAGGAGGAUAAACCGGAUGUACAAACACCUGUGACAAAGGAAGAGUUAGUCUCUGAGGUGGCGAGGCAGCUCUGUGUGAAGAUUAAUCCGGACAAUGUGGUUCUUACGGAGCCAUUGACAACUUUUGGCGAGUAUGAGGUUCCUUUGAAAUUCCCAAAGACUAUUCCUUUGCCACCAGGAACUGUUCAAUGGAUUCUCAAACUCAAAGUCCGUGGCCAUUGAAAAUCUUCUCUCAUAAUUUUUCUACUUCCGUCUGUUUCAUGAAAUUGCAGAAAAGCAUUGUAGUUUGAUGACACUAGAUCAGUUGCAUUUUCUUUCAUUUCCUUGUCUUUUACUUGUAGUUACGUAAACCGGGUAUAAUCCGGUUUACAGUUUAAACCAUGAUUUGAAGGGACAUUAAUAAGUUUGGUUUUGUGAAAUUAAUUGGACGUCCACAGAUGCGAUUGCGAA